AUGUAACCUUCUGUAAUGGAAGAUGAUUGAAGAUAAGGGACCUCGUGUUGCUGACUACUUUGUUGUAGCAGGCUUAACUGAUGUUUCAAAGCCUCUUGAAGAAGAAAUUCACUUCAAUGAUGCCUGUCAUAAAGUAGCUAAACCAAAAGAACCUAUCACAGAUGUUUCAGUUAUUAUUAAAUCUCUUGGGGAGGAAGUGCCACAGGAUUAUAUGUGUAUUGAUGUUACUCCAAAUGGAUUGUCAGCUGAUCUCAAUAAUGGAAGUCUUGUUGGGCCACAGAUUUACCUUUGCUAUAGAAGAGGAAGAGAUAAGCCUCCGCUUACAGAUCUGGGGGUUUUAUAUGACUGGAAAGAAAGAUUGAAACAGGGUUGUGAAAUUAUUCAGAGCACUCCAUAUGGGCGCCCUGCAAAUAUUAGCGGCAGUACCUCAUCACAACGAAUUUAUAUCACUUACCGAAGAGCCUCUGAAAACAUGACUCAGAAUACGUUGGCUGUCACAGACAUAUGUAUUAUUAUACCCAGUAAAGGAGAAAAUCCACCACACACGUUCUGCAAAGUCGACAAGAAUCUCAAUAACAGUAUGGUAAGUGACUCUUUUGCACUGAUAAAAUUAGCCACUGAUGAAAAGA